CUAGUCCCACACAUCAACGGCCCAGAUGUGACCGAACGGUCCAGUAGUGUAAACUAUAGAGAGAGAAGAGAGAGCUCUGUUCGAACCAGAGGUUCCGAACCGCAAAUUUAUCUCAGAAACUCCAAUGGCUGAGCUAAAAGAAGGAAAGGAUGUAAAUGAGCAAGAGACUGAAGCAAUAACCCACACUGGAAAAUCACCCGACCAUCUCAAGGAAACACAUGGAAGGAGUGAUGACAUUGACAAGAACACCCAGGUUGAUGAAGUCAAAGGGCCUAAUGUGUUUGAACGGGUAAAGGAAGAGGUUGAGGCCCUUGUUGAAACAAUUCAUCCUAAGAAAGAAUCCAAAAAUCAUGAUCCAUCUUUGAAGUGAGAGGUUGGUCGAGCCUCAGUCAUUAGAAGGUUUGAGAAAUUCACAGUCAAUGUGAUUAGAAAGCUGGAGAAGCAAAUACCGAAUGAUGAUUAAUUUCUCUUGAUUUCUACGUAUGUAUGUAUGUGAUUUAACCAUCUAAAUUGAACUAUUGUGCUCAAGUACUUUUCCUGGUUAUUUCAUUGUUCAAUUCGACUACUGGAAUUAUUUGCUUGCUUUUCUUACAUGUUUCUAGUUCUCAUUCGGAAAGAAGCCAUGUGAGAAAAAUGCAGCAAGGUUUCUCAAAUGAUCAUGAUGUUGGUAUGAAAUUCUAUAGUAUAUGGUCCUAUGGAUAUUUGGAUGA